GUCCGCUUGCACUCAAAAUUGAAUUCCGCUGCACUUGAGUUCGAAUCUCCGUCCUAGUGCAUCAAAGCUUAAUUUAAAACGCAUGCAUUACGCUCGUUAUGCGCUAGAAUAUAGUCCCGCGCAGCGCUUGCGUUUGCCAUGCACGUACUCGGCCUAAUGUAAUGGCUACUUCAACCCGACACUACUGCUCCUCCACUUCCUCCGCCGUGCACCGCCACUCUAUGUUGAAGAAAGCUCUGCCAAACCCGAUUCUCCACUUCUUCAAACACCCUCAAAAUCCCAUUAAAUUACCUUCCUUGAAGGAGGUUUGCGACGGAGGAAGCCUCGGGGAAGCUUUUCACUCACUCGGCAGUUUGCUCACUCAUCCAAAUUCCCUUCAGCUCUCUCUAGAUGCGGCUUACUCGCCGGUCCUCGAGCUCUGCGCAAACGAGAAGGCUCUCUCAGAAGGGCAGCAAAUCCACGCCCAGUUGAUCAAAUGCUGUGAUGUGCCCGAUUCUGCGUUUCUGAGUACUAAGCUUGUUUUUAUGUACGGGAAAUGUGGCUCUCUUUUGGACGCGGAGAAGGUGUUUGAUAAAAUGUCCCACAGAACGGUUUUCAGUUGGAACGCGAUGAUUGCUGCUUGUGCUUCAAACGGGAAGCCUUGGAAAGCUCUGGAGCUGUAUAGGGACAUGAGGGUUUUGGAGGAACCUCUCGAUUCUUGCACUUUUCCUUGUAUUCUGAAAGCGUGCGUUGCGAUUAACAAUCUCCGUUAUGGGGCAGAAAUUCAUGGUCUGGCUAUCAAAUACGGGUAUAGUAAUGUAACACUCGUUGUCAACUCACUAGCUUCGAUGUAUGCAAACUGCAAAUGUGUUGACGGGGCGAGGAAGUUAUUUGAUGGUGUGAAGGAAAAAGAGGAUAUUGUGUCGUGGAAUUCAAUUAUUUCAGCGUAUUCCGCAAAUGGGAAAUCAGCUGAAGCAUUGGGGCUGUUUCGAGAAAUGCUAAGCUCGGGACUUGCCCUGAACUCAUAUACCCUUGUCGCCGCUCUUCAAGCCUGCGAGGAUUCUUUUUGUGGUAAACUUGGUAUGGAGAUCCAUGCUGCUGUGUUGAAAUCGGGUCACUUCUUUGACAUUUAUGUGGCGAAUUCUUUGCUUGCUAUGUACGUGAGAUGUGGUAACAUGCAUGAGGCUGCAAUAAUCUUCAGAGACUUGGAUGCCAAGGAUGUUGUUUCGUGGAAUACCAUGCUCUCUGGUUUUUCCCAGAAUGGUCUAUAUGACGAAACCCUGCUGUUGUUCCGAGAUAUGCAGAGUACUGAUACAAAACCUGACCAGGUUUCACUAUUAAAUAUCCUUGCAGCAUCCGGUCGAUUAGGAGAUUUGUUGUCUGGGUUGGAAGCUCAUGCUUAUGCGAUUAAAAAGGGAUUCGACUCUGAUUUGCAGCUCGGAAAUACACUGAUAGAUAUGUAUGCUAGGUGUGGUUGUGUGAAUUUCAUGGGCCGUGCUUUUGACAAGAUGCCUACUAAGGACUUAAUUUCUUGGACAACUGUUAUUGCUGGCUAUGCUCAGAAUAAUUGUCACUUAAGGGCCUUAGAAUUGUGCCGGAAGGUGCAGACGCUCCAAUUGGAUGCUGAUGCAAUGAUGGUAGAAAGCAUUUUAGCUGUUUGUGGGGCCUUGAAAUGUGUUUCUUGGGUAAAAGAAGUUCAUGGUUACGCUGUGAGAACAGGUUUAUUCAAUCUGGUGUUACAAAAUGCAGUUGUCAACCUAUAUGGAGAGUGUGGAUAUGUGAAAUAUGCAGAGCUGAUGUUCGAAUUGAUUGACUCUAAGGAUAUUGUGUCUUGGACGAGCAUGAUCUCUUGUUAUGUUCAUAAUGGGUUUGCAAAUGAGGCCCUUGAACUAUGCCACUUCAUGAAGGAAACAAAUGUUGAACCUGAUGCUAUAGCACUAGUUAGUAUACUAUCGGCUGUUGCGAGUUUAUCUGCUCUGAAGAAAGGGAAAGAGAUUCAUGGUUUUCUUAUCCGGAAGGGCUUCAUCUUAGAGGGAUCUCUUGGAAGCUCUCUAGUCGAUAUGUAUGCCCGCUCUGGAACUUUGGAGAAUGCAUAUGAGGUAUAUAACUGUAUUAAAAAUAGAAGUCUAAUUUUGUGGACUACCAUGAUUAAUGCGUAUGGAAUGCAUGGCCAAGGCAAGGCAGCCAUUGAUUUAUUCGAGCAGAUGGAAGGUGAAAGAAAUGUUCCUGAUCAUAUUACGUUUUUGGCUCUUCUAUAUGCCUGCAGUCAUUCGGGCUUGAUUGAUGAGGGUAAAAGAAUAUUUGAAAUUAUGAGAGAUGAAUAUCAUUUGGAACCAUGGCCUGAACAUUCUGCCUGUAUGGUUGAUCUUCUUGGUCGCGCCAAUCGGUUGGAAGAGGCAUACCAUUUUACGAAUAGCAUGCAGAGUGAACCUACAGCUGAGGUAUGGUGUGCACUCCUUGGGGCUUGCCGGGUUCAUUCUAACAAAGAAUUCGGAGAAAUUGCAGCAAAGAAAAUCUUAGAGUUGGACCCGGAGAAUCCUGGAAAUUAUGUGCUUGUAUCUAAUGUGUUUGCUGCUAGUGGAAGAUGGAAAGAUGUAGAUGAAGUGAGGUUGAGAAUGAAGGGGAGUGGAUUGAAGAAAAAUCCGGGAUGUAGUUGGAUUGAGGUUGGAAACAAGGUUCAUACAUUCACGGCGAGGGAUAAAUCUCAUCCGCAGUCCGAUGAUAUUUACCUCAAGUUAGCUCAAAUCACAGAGAAAUUGGAGAGAGAAGUAGAUUAUGUGGCUCAAACCAAAUUUGUUUUGCACAAUGUAGAGGAAGAAGAGAGAGUUAAAAUGCUUUAUGGACAUAGUGAAAGGCUGGCAAUUGCAUACGGUCUGCUUAAAACUCCCAAAGGAACCCCUAUCCGAAUCACCAAGAACCUUCGGGUUUGUGGCGAUUGCCAUAAUUUCAUUAAACUAGUUUCAAAGGUUUUUAGGCGGGUGCUUGUUGUGAGGGAUGCAAAUAGAUUUCAUCACUUUGAAGAUGGUAUCUGUUCUUGUGGCGAUUUCUGGUGACAGUUGAACAUUGUAUUUAAAUUUCUUCACAAACAAGUAUGGAUGUCUUGGAUUUACUA